AUGGCGAAACCACAAAAGAAGAAACAGAAGAAACGUAGGGCCAGACUUAUAGAUCCGGAGAAGGAGGAAGAAACUAGGAAGAGGAUAGCAGCGAUCGAGGCAAAGAGACAAAAGGUUAUAGACGAAGUUCACCGAUCAUUGCAUACAAGAAGAAUGGAUAAACGCGCUAUACAAAAUGCAUCUUUUGAAAAAGAGGAAAGAGCGCACCAGAAACAUCUUAGAGACAUUAAGAAGACAGGGAGCGAGAAAAUGAUGUUAGAGAUUCGCGAAGACCUGAGCAACGUCGUCGAGACGGGGAUAAAAUGCGUGUACACGGCCGUGAUCAUACCGGAGAAAAUCAAGUACGACGGCCGUUCGAUUUUGUCGAUUAAAGGCGUCAGAUACAGAUUGAGGAAUAACUUGCACAUGGUGGGAUGGGGGAAGGAAGCAGUCACGAUGAGCUCGGCGUUCGAACGAGUUAUCGGCAAGCAAUUGAAAAAAGGAUGGAUGGUGGUGCCACGGAAAUCGAUUUUCAUGAUGUGGAGUUUCCCGGAAGCGUUUCCCAAGUUGGAUAGCCAUAUCUCUUACGUGGAGGCAGGGACAGACGGACAGCCAGACGAGAAGUCCGUCGAAGCGACAAGGAGGAUCGUCAACUACUGCAAGAAGUUGAAGAGGAAGGAUCUGUUAAUAGUCAUGCUGUCGCAAGGAAUCGAUGACCUUUUGUGUUGUCCGCGAGAAGAGAUCACGCUGAGGGAUAAGCUCAGGGUGCUGAACAGAUUGAAAACCGCUGGAGCGACUCCCGAGGAAAUGAAUACCGUGAGGAACAAGCUAUCCGCGGUUAGAGGAGGCGACCUAGCACGGUUCGCUUAUCCAGCGAGAGUCAUCACACUGAUCACAUCGGACGUUUCCGCUGAGCCAAUGAGUCAACUGUCGGGUGGACCGUGCGUCUACGAUCCAAAAGAUGACUCAGCCUUGCAAAUUUUAGCCAAGUACAGGCUCAUCGAGAGGCUACCGCAAAGCGUAAGGGAGCUGGUCGAAGAGACCAUUCCAUGGGAGAUGGCUGCGGACAAGCAAGUGACCGAAGAGAAAAAGUACAGAUUUGUCCACGAAUAUGUGAUUGCCUGCAACGCAGACGCCAUGGAAUGCAUGUCCAUAGAGGCUUUCAAAUUGGGCUUGUUUCCUCUGAAACUGAACUCUACUUGCUUCGGGGAAGUCCAGGAGUUCGCUCGCGAGUACGUCAGACUGACUUCCCUGAUGAUAUUGGCAGUGGAGGGGAAAAUCACUAGACUGGACAUGUACCAGGAGAUGAAAGAGAGUCCUAUUUGUCCUUUGACCGACAAGAAGGUGCAAGAAAUAUUUCCAGCGAAAGACAAAUGGGGUUUGGGUCUGUGCCUCUUGCUGGGCGGUCGACAAACCGUCAAUCUCUGCCCGACGCCUGGAAAGGGCGGACCCAAUCAGGAACUUGCUCUGUAUUUUUCAUUAUAUUGGUAUAUGCGUACAGAGCAGUUUCCAAUUUUGAGAGAAUACACCGUCUGGUUCCUGGGCGGCAGUUCCUACGGCCAAGACGGCAAUACCAGCGCAGCUGGCGCAUUUGGCUAUAAGAGUCUCGGCACUGAUGUUUACCCCGAAUACGAAAAAGCCCUGAGCGUAUAUAACGAGGCCCAUGUAAAGUGGUGGAAACUUAACGAGGAAAAACGCAGGGAGCAUGAGAUACAGCGAGCUUACAAAGAAAUGAAGGAGCUUGAAGUUAUAAAGAACAAGUACGCCGCCAUUAUUCCCAACACUGUUUUAGCAGAAAAUAAUACAAACUUGAUGUUUCUGAGUAUCAAUGAUCAAGAUGAAUUAUUAGAAUUGAAGACUGGAAAUUAUUAUACUUUCACGAACGUCGGGGAUCUCCAUGUAAUACGAAUAGUUCGUUUCCAAUGUAACUGCGAUGGCAUCUGCCACGGAAAUAAAGAAACAAUAUGCUUAGACGAGGAAUGUCCCGUCAAUCUGACGUCAGAUGUCGAAGAGCGCUCGAAAAUACAAUAUUGUUGCCACAUGGGUGGAAAGAAAGAAGAAAUUGAAAACUGA